AUGGCUGACACCGGGCAGAAAGAGCUGGAACUGUUGUUUUUUGAUACAUUUUCGCAUGAAAAUGCCGAGGAGCUAAAUCUGGACCUUGUCCAGUUCCCUAGACCUGUGUUGAUCCAGGAAGUGAGAAUUAUCCCUCUGCAGACCAGAGUCCAGGCUGAUGUCCCAGGAGGUGUUAGACUAGGAGCAACAAACCCAUCCUCAUUUGCACUGGAGCUGUAUGUAAAUAAUUUGAACAGACCUAAUGCUGCCACAUUUGAGAAGUUAGGAGUGAUAAAUUACAAAGAAAAUGUGGAUAUUCAGAUGAAAACAGAUGCAGAGGUUCCUACAGAUGGACUGAUUCUAAAGGGAUGGUAUAACACUCUGACUGUGGCUAUUUAUGGGUCACUGACUGUGGUCAAACCAGAGACUGAGUCCCCUCCACCCCCACCUCCCCCUCAGCCCAGAGUCAAACUGCCUGUUGAUGUGAGAGGAAGCCAGGCUUCAGAACCACCUAGUCGACCAGAAUGGGAGCCACCACGCCAAGGGACCAAACCCCAGCAGCAGCACCCACUGGACUAUAUUAACCAACAGGUACAGGCUGCACAGGCAGCUGCCCAAGCUGCUCAGGCUCACAUACCACCCUCCCAAGGCAUCCCUCCCUCUCAGGGUAUCAUGGCACCAGGGAUACUCCAGCCAGGGGUACCUCCCCCAUCUAAAUCAGAUAUGUACCCAGAUCAGUAUCACCAGCAGCCUCAGCACAGGCCUGACUUCAUGGCCAGCCCUAACAAAGGUCUGGAACCAAGGGAAGGCCAUUACGACCCAAGAGGAGAGCCAAGACCAGGAAAAGAUGGACAGUUUGGAGGGAAACCUUACGAGGAGCAAGAUUAUAGAGGAGGCAGCAGAGAAAGAGAAACUUCUAGAGACAGAGAUGUGAGAAGGGAAUGUGAUAGGGAACAUAAACAGAAAGAAUGGGAGAGAUUCAGAGAGAGGGAAAGAGAACGCUCAAGGGAGAAGGAAAGAGAAUUCAAAGAAGGUGAAACUAGAGACUAUCCAAGAAGUCCUUCUAGAAGGAGGUCAUGGUCAAGAUCACAAUCCAGAUCGAGGUCUAGGUCAUAUUCAAGGUCACCAAGAAGAACACCUUCAAGAUCACCACGAAAUACAUAUUCAGAUCCUUUCACCCCAGUUCAAGGAGAGCCUUCCCCCACACAGGAAGAAAUCAUGGAAGCAGAUUUAAGUAUUAAUUGUAAUAAUUGCCUCUAUGCCCUGUGUCUAUUUUUAGGUGAGGUGAUAGAUGAGGUUGGAGAUGACACACUGUUUGAGCCCCUGUCACCUGAUGCAGUAGGAUACUCAGAUCAGGAUGAACUUCAGGAUGUUGACAGAGACUAUGAGAGCAUAUCAUCAGGUGAUGAACUGCCCAACAUGGAUGAACUUGAUCCUGAUUUACAGGACUUUGAGGAAAUUGAUGAAUCCUGCACUUUUCCUACAAUAUUCAAUCCUUUCACCAAGGAAUGUACCCCUCUACAGACCUUCCCAGAUGUGACUUUGACAGAUUAUGAAGUAGAGAAACAAAAGCUAGAGAAUGGCCCAGACAGUCAGACGGAGUGUCCUCCAGAGGCCAAGGUCAUUCUGUCUGUGAUUGACCAGUUCCUGGGAGCUGACCACCGUGAUAAAUGGAUUAUUGUACUGGAAGAACUCCCAGCAAAUUUUGCCAAGGGUUUAUCUUGGUUGCUUGUAAAAGAAAACAAGAAAGAUGUAGUGGAAACAUUGAUCAACUGGAUGCUGGAGGGACUGGAUGAAGAGAAAGCCAUGAACCAACCAGAAGGAGCAUUCAAAGUCCGCCAUCUUAAGAUGGGCAUCACAUUGGCAGGUGCUCUCUGUUCAUGUGACCCAGACCUUUGUGUUCAAACUCUGGCAAGAGGAGUCCCGGAGGAAUGCCAGGUUAAUGUUUUUCAGAAGGACAUCAAAGUGGAAGGUGAACAGGAAACUGAUUUCCAAAGAAUUCUCAACUUGAUGCUGGGGAAACAGAACAUAAGAGUUAUUGUAGCUUUAACAGCAUUUGUAAGGAAGAUCAACACAUUGGAGUUACUUCAGAAGAUGAAUACAGAAGUGAAAAGUGUAAUGGAAGCCACACCCCCAGAGGAGAAGAGAGAUGAGGGCACGGACCAGGAGAUGGAGCCACUGUCUGAUGAAGGGGUCAUCAGCGAGGUCACAGUAGAAAAUGUCAUAUCUUACAUUAAGGAAGUCACCAAGCUGUUCAGGAUUGCUCCUCACAUUAUUGCCCAGCCAAGCAGGAGUUUGCCAGGAAAGGCCAUGUUUACCAAGAGACCACCUGCCAUUGACCCCUACCCUGGUCUAUACAACAUUGCCCAGUACUGUGGUACCCUGGACUGCUUGUUCCAUUUGUUGUCCAAUCCCUUGACCUUUGGCCAUCCCCAGCUGUUUGCAGUCAUACAGGAGUGUGUGCGAUCUCUUCUCCAGACCCAGCAUGGCCUCAAGUUCUUAUUCUCCAGGAUUGACACUACCAAUGGCAUUAUAAAGUGCCUGUUACAGGAUGACGGUCAGGAUGAUGGGGAGGAGAACCCUAUACAACACCUCGGGGCGGAGAUGGUCAUGUACCUGAAAACUCUCCAGUGUAUUGACGAAAUCAGAAGUUUCCAGGCCAGAGCUCCAGGUGAACAAGAGAAUGCAGACAUUAUUCCCACGUUACAUGAGCUGUACACAAUUACCUUCACUCCUCAGGGACGCCAGGCAGUCAUUGAUGUCAUCUGUAUGGAGAAAAAUCUAGAGACAUUGCUGCAGUUAGUGGAAAAGAAAGGAGAGGAGGAUAAGGAUAAGAGGAAGAAGUCUGUGGUGGUUGCCUACGCUAUCUCUGUUAUACUGACCACCAUUAGAACUUUAAUGGAUAAUGUCUUUAUCAAAUGUGUUCUUGUAGACUUCAGUAGCAAGCUGUUGGAAAUGCAGGAAUGGUUGCUUCCCCUGAAGACUGCGACAGAUCUGUCACAAGAUGGCGUUGCUGCAGUAGUGGGCCACCCUAGAGAUUGUACAACACACACUGUGUUACCUGAUCAAGGCCAGGGGUACAGAGGCACACUGACCAGUUUACCUGUCGAUGAAUGGUGUUGCCAGUUACACACAGUUCUCUGUUCUGUUCCACUAUCAUCAAACCACAUGGAUGAACUGCAAGAGAUACAGAGGAUGAUUCUGGAUACUUUGUUGGCUUACACACAGCCAUUACCUGCUCAAGCUGAGACUGAUGAAGUUUUGAGUGAGAGUUUAUGGACAAAGACACUGAAGGAGUUACUGAAGUACACAACAAAAGCCCCGUAUACUUACCUGAGUGGCCUGUUAAUCCUGUCUGAGAUGUUACCUCUCCCCCUCCCCAUACAGACCAAGGAGCCUUUGUCUGAGGAGGAAGUGAAUGUAACUGUUAACAACAGGAAGUUGUGGAGCAUCCAUCUUCACUGCCUGAGCCAGCAGAUCCAGGAGAUGAUACAGAUCCUGGCCACGUCCACCUGUCAGCCAUUACAGCUCGUCCUACGCAGGGUCUGCUGGCAGCUCUCAGAUCUCUCCGCUGCCAGCGCCAUCAUGGUGGCUAGGUGCAUAUUAGACAUGGUUGUGGAGAGUUUUUCUACAUUGAGACGACCCCCAGAGAAAAAGGAUGAAGGGGAGACUACUGAAGACAGAGUAGAGAGAGUUGCCUCCCCUUAUGCCAGUAAAAUGCUAAAUCUGUUGGCCUUUGUUUUAUCACAGCCAUCUGUAAAAUGUGCAUCUGUACAGCUGAUGACUCAGAAUGGUGUUGAUUCAGACACUUCUAAGUAUGGAGAACUGUUACCUCAGAUGCUGGAGAUAAUGAACACAGUUUGUGAGACAAACUCCCACAUUACCAGCCAGGAGUGUAUAGUGUCCAUCAUCCAGAGUUUGUGUGAUCCUGAAGUGGCUCUGGUGAUGGGAGAAAACACCUCUGUACAAGAACAGAUUGCCCUUGCCCUGCCUAAUGGGAACUACAUGACCCAGAUAACGACCGCCCUGCUGGACCAUAUGGGGAGUGCUGAUCACAGCUAUGCUUCUAUUCUGCCCUGUGUUAGGACUCUGGUCAUGUUAACAGACCAUGACUACGGAUUCUACUACUUAAAGAGUGUGUUGGAGCAGAAGACCACUGCCAUUGGUCGUCUGAUGGUCCGGAUCAACACGACCUUCAGUAAGGACAGUUCUGACUGUCUCUCCACCUUAUCCACAUUACUGGAGUUCCUCCGUCUGCUGAUGACGGUGGAGCAGCCAUCUAAUGAGGACUUAACGUCGCCGCGGACCUACACUCUCUCUCAACAGGAACUACAGGAGGUCUUGUCCUGGAACCCUAGCAUGGAUGACCACCCUCUACUGGACCUGGAGAAACUAGUGGAGGAGAGUGCUAAGGAUGAGGAGACUCUGGAGAGUUUAUAUGAGAGCAUGACCGGACUGAUGAAGAUGCUGAGGGAACCUGAAGGCAAGGAGAAAAAGGUAUUAACAGAGCCACCAGUAGUCAUAGAGUCCCUUAGUAACCUGUACAACAAGAGGACCGUGUUCAUUGUGACUGAUAUUGAGGAUGAGAGACUGAAUCCCGAGUACUGGCUGUCUAAUCCCUCCAUGGACGUGGCCGACAUUGAGCCCGACCUGACAAAGGCUAACCUGCAGGAGAUGUGUAGGAAGUACUGCCCAGAAUUUAACCUGGAGGAGGAGCUCAAAAAGACCGUGAUCACCUCACAAGCUGAGGUCACCAAACCAAGGAGGAUCAAAAUAGGGGACAGGAGAAAAUCACAGGAGAUCAGCAUUUAUAGAGGCAGGGGUGCCAAAAGACCAUUUGUGGCUCCCAUGCGCGGGCGUGGAAUUGCCAGGGGAAUGAUGGGAGCUAGUGGUAGAAUGGACUCCUUCCGAACUCGCACUCCAAACACCAGCAGACCGCCAUCCAUGCAUGUGGAUGAUUUCAUGAAGUUAGAGAAAGGACAAGAUGACCGAGACUCAGAUACUGUGUCACCAAUCAGGAGAGUGGACUCACUUAUACAAAGGGAUGGAACCAGAAACACUGGAAGAGGGAGGAGUAACUUUGAUAGGGGAGGUAAUCGUGGUAACAGAGGAAGAAGUAGCUUCUUCACUCCCCCUGGAACUUACGGAAGACGGGAGUCCAACAACAUUUAUGUUGGAGGAGGGGGAAUCAAUACAGUAAGUACCAGUGGGGGAAGCAGGGGAGGCUACAACAACAGCCGACCCAAACAACAGAACUUCGACAGCUUUGGACGUGUUCUUCACCCUGUAUCUACUGAGAGGCCAUUAAACACGGGGCGGGACUUCCGUUUUGCUACUCAAGUCAGUAGUAGUGGUCUGUAUCAUGCAAGGGACACCAAUCAACAGACAGGGAGGUUUGUGGGAGGUGGAUUUCGUGGUCAGAGAGAUAAUAACACAGACCGAGGAAGACAUGCCAGGUCCUUCACAAAGUGAGGCUGGGAAAGCCAAAGACAGACUAUAAAAAUACUUCACAAAGUGAACUAGAAUCUGUUGUAGACAUUUGCUUUGUUAUUUGCUUUGUUAGAGACUGUAAUCAAUGUCGUAUAUCUGUUAGAUUAACUGAUAUGUGUCUGUAAAUUCAUGGCAUUUGCAUAGGCUCAAUUGUCAAGUCAAUUUUCAAUAUUUUAAGACAUUAAAAAAAAGUAUUGAUUGACUGAUAGGAAAAAGCUGAUUAUUAAUUUGGAGGUUGAAAUCCCUUAAAGAAUAUUAUCUUGGACUAUAUUCACAGAAAACCCAUGUGCAAAUAUAACUUUCUUGAAACAGUUUAAAAACUUCCUGAAUACUUCACCAAAUGAUUUUUUUUUCUGCAUGACACAUAAAAUCUCCAGACAGAUGCCAUGUGAUUAUGAAAAUUAAACCAAAGGUAAAAGAAUCAACAUACAUUUAUAAAAUAUUUAUUGACAGACUUGGUCAAUAUCACAUGAGAAUGAGAUGCAAAACUGUAAAUGGUAAUGUUCAAUGAACAUGUGCAACAUGCUAUAAUAAAGCUGAAUGUUCCA